AUGCAGGAUAGGGGCCGAGGAGCCUAUAUACCCCGUGCCAAGCCUAAGGGUACUCAGGGGUUGGAUAGCUGUAACAUAACCGUGUCAUUGGCAGUGUUAGAUUUAAAUCUUAUAGGAGCUUUGUGUACAAUUUACGAUCUGAACCUUCAGAGCUAUACGAGACACGUAUUGAAAAGCAAUUCAAGAAUCUAUGGCGCAUUUGCUCGCCAUCCUGUUGAUUCCAAGUUCACUCCAAUCUCCUUGUUCACAUUGCUCUCCCCUGUUUCCUCACUACAUCUGAGGGUUUCUACCUUUUCCGACCUUAAUUCCUACCUUGUCAACCGAAACUCCUGUCUGCCUAUUCAAGAUUUGGAGUUCGCCAACAAGGCGAACAUCGGGGGCAUAUCAUUGGAUCUUGGGGCGCCUUUUCAGAUUAUUUCCAUGCUCUCAGGCGCUGAUUUACGGUCUAAUGGCUAUUGUGGGUCGGAUUUCUCCACGACUGCCUUCAUGACCUUCCCGAGAUUUCAGAGAGACAAAAUCAGUGCGCAAUGGAUAAAGGAUACCUUUAUCUCCAAUCCAAUAUAUCGCCGAAAAUUUCGCAUUCGGAAUUCCCAACAAAGACCUCAAUCAAGCCUACGUAAAUCAAGCUCAGCUAGGUCUCGCUUCCUCCAUCUUCUGGCGUCUAGCAAGCGGUCCACGAAACCAACUUAUAUGAGGUUCCCUCAAUCUUGGAAGCUUCGAAAAUCCCUCACAGGAAACGGAGAGAACUUUACAGCGGAUACCGGGAUUAGUUUUUUCACUGUACUCUUUGAACCUGAAGGCGUGAAUUUUCCCUCUAUCCGUGUUCACAUUCGCACGCUGAUAACCCAAAUAGUGGCUACUAUGGUGACUAACAUACUCCCUCCAAAUCGACAUCCCAAUCCGCAUCCCCAACUCCCAACUCGUUGCGCGGUCAUGCAAAACGCAUCCGUCCGCAACAUCCCCACCAACCCGAUACAGAACGUCAAUGAAAACGAUCUCCCGGCUAUCAGAGUUUACGCCACGGCAAGCGGAUGGGAAAGGCGGAGGGGAAACGGUGCAAUUGAGGGCAGUUGA